AUGUUGUCGAAGCUGUCGCUACUGACACUCCUGAGUGUCGCCUACGCUCUUCCAGGUGGAGGCGAGGGAUGGAGUCAAGGAGGAGAUGACAAUCAGCCAGAGCCUUCGAAGACAUGGGGAUCGGAGUCUGGUCCCAGUCAUUACCCUUCUUGGUCGACUUCUUGGACUCCAUCAAAGCAGCCCACCCCAAGCAGGCCACCAAUCACGAGCACUCCUAGCGGACCGCCGGUUUCGACUCCAAGCAAGCCGACCACUUCGAGCAAGCCGACCACUUCGAGCAAACCGACCACUUCGAGCAAACCGCCUGUAUCGACCCCAAGUAAGCCGAUCACUUCGAGCAAAUCGCCUGUGUCGACCCCAAGCAAGCCAAACACUUCGAGCAACUCGCCUGUGUCGACUCCAAGUAAGCCAAACACUUCGAGCAAAUCGCCUGUGUCGACUCCAAGCAAGCCACCCGUCAGCAGUACGCCGUCGAAGUCUCCAGUCAGCAGCCCGCAAAACACAACCCUCACGACGACGAUCAAGACGACUGCAAAGGUCACCAGCGUUGUCACCAUCUCAACGACGUCUUCUGGAAGCGUUCCACCCAAAUCAAGCGGUUCUGUACCGCCCCCGGCCCCCGUUUCAUCUUCCAAGCCAGUUGGUUCGGUGCCACCCAGCUCGAGCUCGAAGCCUGGCAGCACAGCGCCUUCUGGAAGCGUUCCACCCAAGUCAAGUGGUUCUGUGCCGCCCCCGGCCCCCGUUUCAUCUUCGAAGCCAGUUGGUUCGGUGCCACCCAGCUCGAGCUCGAAGCCUGGCAGUCCAGCUUCCUCGAGUUCCACACCUGGCAGUCCGGCCACGUCGAGUUCCAAGCCUGGCAGUCCAGCUUCCUCGAGUUCCACACCUGGCAGUCCAGCUUCCUCGAGUUCCACACCUGGCAGCCCGGCCACAUCGAGUUCCAAGCCCGGCAGUCCAGCUUCCUCGAGUUCCACACCUGGCAGUCCGGCCACGUCGAGUUCCAAGCCCGGCAGUCCAGCUUCCUCGAGUUCCACACCUGGCAGUCCAGCUCCUUCAAUGUCUGGGGCACCUGCUGUUGUUUGCCCGACUUGCCCAGUCGCAAGCACAGUCACUAAGACGGAGACAGUCUACUUCAGCCAGGGCGCUCCUCCAAAUUGUGGAGCUACCGUGACUCUAGUCUGCCCAACUGCAUACGGCUCGAUGGGACAGCCACCUGCCCCUAGCAUGAGCUCAAAGGCGCCGGCACCGGGUCCUAGUGGUAGCACAAGCUCUCCUAAGGCACCUGUGCCUUCUCCGUCGUCGACAAAGCCGUCGGGCAGUACGCCACCAGUAUCUAAGCCGACAACAACUUCCAGCAAGCCUUCGGGCAGCGUGCCGCCGGUCUCAACGCCGACGACAACUUCAAAGAAGCCCACAGGCAGCGUGCCGCCAGUCUCAUCACCGACGACAACUUCUCAGAAGUCCACAGGCAGCGUGCCGCCAGUCUCAUCGCCGACGACAUCUUCUAAGACGUCCACAGGCAGCGUGCCACCUGUCUCGUCGCCGACGACAACUUCUAAGACGUCCACAGGCAGCGUGCCACCUGUGUCGAAGCCAACGACAACUGCCACGAGCAAGAUCCAGGAACACCCAAGUGGGACCAAGUCAUGGGGUGAAGUUUGGCCUCAGCCAAGCGGUUAUGGCCAGGAAGGCGGCUGGUAA